UCAACGCAGGACUUCUGGAGCGCAGCUAAGAGAAAUCAACUUUAUUCACUAUUUGUUCAUAUUCUCUGCCGCUCGACUCCGAAGAUAUAAGUAGGUCAUCAGCUCAGAGAGGGCAAUGAGCUGUAUAUGGACAAACUUGGAAGAUUUUUGCUGAUAUUACGUGGGUGUUCGUCGCCUUGCACCAAGCGUUGUGGAUUACUGAAAAACAGAACUCUUUGUGGGCGACCUUUGGCAUCUAUUUAUUGGGGGUCUCGAACGGGAGUUUGAACUCUUACAUAGGCUGCCUCUCGACAACAAAAACUGCGUUGAAAAUGGGGAGCAAAGCACUGCCUGCACCGAUUCCUCUCCACCCGUCCCUUCAGCUGACAAACUAUUCCUUUCUUCAAGCUGUCAAUACUUUUCCUGCGGCCGUGGACCACCUGCAAGGACUGUACGGCUUAAGUGCUGUACAAACUAUGCACAUGAACCACUGGACCCUGGGCUAUCCGCACAUGCAAGGACUGAGGUCAACUAUUACCGAAAUGGCUGCAGCUCAAGGCCUGGUUGAUCCCAGGUUCCCUUUCCCUGCGUUACCCUUCGCCACGCACCUUUUCCACCCUAAACAAGGUGCUCUUACGCACGUCAUACCCCUGCACAAAGACAGGCCGAGAUUUGAUUUCGCUAACCUCGCCAUUGCGGCUACACAGGAGGACCCGCCGAAAUCUGGCGAGCUCUCUAAGCUGACCGCAGGCCUAAGUGGUGCGAUCUCGGAGCUGAACAAACUCUCGCCGGACAGAAAACCCACGCGCGGACGGCUGCCUUCCAAAACGAAAAAGGAAUUUAUUUGCAAGUUUUGUGGCAGGCACUUCACUAAGUCCUAUAACCUUCUUAUCCACGAGAGAACCCACACGGACGAGAGGCCGUACACAUGUGACAUUUGCCACAAGGCCUUCAGGAGACAAGACCAUCUCCGAGACCAUAGAUACAUCCAUUCCAAGGAAAAACCGUUCAAAUGUCAAGAGUGUGGGAAAGGAUUUUGUCAGUCUCGAACUUUAGCUGUUCACAAAACAUUGCAUAUGCAGGAAUCUCCUCACAAAUGCCCCACAUGCGGAAGAACCUUUAAUCAAAGAAGUAACCUGAAAACUCACCUUCUUACCCAUACAGACAUCAAGCCCUACAGCUGCGAGCGCUGCGGAAAGGUGUUUCGGCGCAACUGUGACCUGCGACGGCAUAGUUUGACACACACACCCCAUCAGGACUUCUAGUCUCGAUGGCUGGACAGAGAAAUAUAAUAACAAUCAAAACGGACACAAAGAGAAUAGCAGCAGCGCAGACUGGAGGAUAAACAUGCAUGGACAAAAGGACAUAUUAAAGCAAUGGAUUCAUCGCUUGCAUACAACUCACACAAGACAAUGACGAUCCUGGACUAAUUUUUGUCAUCCUUGUAAAUACAAAAGCCCCUGGAACCCAUGUAAAUAAUAUUUUUCCCUGAUGUUUUUUUUGUAUUUGUUCUGUUUGAUUUAUCUUAAAACUGUUGAAACUUGCUUAUAUGUGGUUGUUUGUUCAAUUGUAUUGUAGAAAUAAAAUGUAAUUAUAACCAUGAA